AUGCCGCAAUCCGUUACUUCGCACAUGUCUGCAGUGCAGGGGGCAGGGGAAACCGUCCGUGAUGGUUCAAAGCACCCCAGCAGUGAGAAGAAUGCCGUGAGACGUGAGAGGAUGGGAAGCAAGAGCGGGGUGGGGGAAGCAAGAAGAGCUGGGGAAGCACGAAGGUGGGUGGGAUGCAAGGAGGUGGGUGGGAUGCAAGGAGGUGGGUGGGACGCAAGGAGGUGGGUGGGACGCAAGGAGGUGGGUGGGACGCAAGGAGGUGGGUGGGACGCAAGGAGGUGGGUGGGAUGCAAGGAGGUGGGUGGGACGCAAGGAGGUGGGUGGGACGCAAGGAGGUGGGUGGGACGCAAGGAGGUGGGUGGGACGCAAGGAGGUGGGUGGGAUGCAAGGAGCACCCACCCACACCCCUGCGGUCACCCAGGGAAGAAAGUAUGUGAGAAGCCAGAGGAUGGGAAGCAAGAGCGGGGAAGGCAAGAGCAAGAAGGUCUCACCCGCACUCCAGGCCUCACCCGCACUCCAGGCCUCACCCGCACUCCAGGCCUCACCCGCACUCCAGGCCUCACCAGCGAAGGGGUCUUCCGAGCAUUCCUCCUCGCCAGAUGGGCCCGGAAGGCAGAUGGUAGUAGCGCUGGCGUGGGUUGUGAGGAGGCUGAGCGCAACGAGUCCCACGACGAAUGCGCCCACGCUAGUACUGCCAACGCCAACGGCAACGGCAGACCGGGGCCGCCCGGAGGAGCGCUUCAUGACGACGGAUGA